UGCUUACUCUCCGUAAAUAAUCUCUUGACAGGCCUUCCCAAACGUAACCAAGUUCCUAAAUCACCUGUAAUUCCUUCGGUAGGGCCUGUAUUAAUGUCGAAAACCAAAGCCAUUGCUUUAAUGAGAGAAAUUCCUGCUGUAGUUGUCUCGGCUGGGCACACGCAAAAAACAGUGAAGGUGCGAGUAGGCUUGAAGCAAUUGAAUAACCCUAUCAAAAAUAUCUCUCUUCUCAAGUAUUCUGGCCGGCAGCAAACUCAACUAGUCCACGAUCCAAACAACUCGCUCCGCAUCGGGGACAUUAUCGCGAUAACUGGUGGCUCAUGGGUCUCCAAAGAUGUGCAGUACACUGUCGAUAGAAUUAUCGUGCCAUUUGGUCCUCCCCUUGAGGAAAGACCACCUGUCCCGACCAUUAUGGAGCGGCUUGCCGUCAGAGCAGAAAAACGCCGACUUAAGAAGGAGCGGCAAAGCCCUACAGGCCACACAUAUCAUGACAAUCAAAGACGCUAG